GGGAGACGCACGCAUCCGGAAGUGCUGCGCCAUAGUCUCGUCUAUUGCCUGUGUGUCACCUGUGUGGUCUGCCUGCUGUGAGACGGAGUGUUUGGUCCUGUGUACAUGCCGAGUUGGGAGUUCUAAGAUCAUAGCGACACGAAGCUUAGUGUCAGAUGUGUUUGCAAAGGAUCUAAAACCUGCGGUAUUCGAGAAGGAGGAUCUAAGGGAAUGUUUCCGUUGGCUUGGUGGCCCUACGCAUGCAUAUCUACGGAUUCGGGAUCUAUGGCGCAGUCUGUACGUAGUCUGUACGCAGUCUGCAUGCACUCUGUAUGCAGUGUCUUGGAGACCUGAACGCGCUGUGACGUCUUUUUGUGUACACCUUGUUCUUCACCUGGAAUAAACUGUCAUUUGCACUUCAACUACAAACAGUACUGGGAUCGUGUUUUUGUUUGUUUGUUUGUUUGUUUUGUGGGUUUGUGAUUUGUGUAACGGAUGGUUCGUUUGAGCUAUACCGGGUUUAAAACCAUGCUCAAAAUUUGACAGGAUUAAAACCUGUCUGGCGCCCGAAACUCUGUUAUUGUUAAUUGUUUUUGUUUUUUUUUUAACUGAAAGUUGUUCAUCCCCGCAACAUGGGACAAUAAGAGACUGACUCUAUCACGUGACCCUUGUGGGUUAGCGGUUAAGACACUAGCCGCGUGAUCUGAGGACCCGGGUUCGUAUCCCGGCAAAGUUGUUUUUUUUUGUUUUUUUUGUAAUUUGCUGAGCAUGGCGACCACCGUUACAGAUGGCGCCCAACGUGGGGCAAAACCCUAAAUAUUUGAACACUUUGUUUGAUGUGAAAUGUGUGUAUGUAUACAUUGUACUUACCUGUGAAAAAGAGUUGAAACAAAAAAUCCUUGGACAUUAUUGAUUGUGGAUAUUUUGUUGCCUUUGGACAUUGGCUUGACUUAUUACACUGUGAUUUAUUGAUGAUGUAUAUAUUAUAAAGGGGAACUUAUUUACAUGACUGUUUUGUACAUGCUUCAAUUUGAUUUAAAAUGAGGUAAUUACUGAAAGCUAUUACUUUACAUGAUUUGAAUGAAUUGUGAAGUGUGAACUCUGAAUUGUAAAGGAUUGCUAACAAAUCACACACUGAUUUUCACACAUAAUAUUGAUACACCACAUUUUCUUUAUUUUUUUCAUUUGGUAUUUUUGUGCAUUUACAAAGUAGUAUACACAAUGGCAGAAUCCAGGGAUUCCCAAAGCAUUCUUCUGGACUUGGAGGUACCAGAUAUACCAGAAAUAGCCACUCCUCUUUGGCCACGUGUACACCCUCAAGGUCCUCAGACAGGUAUUCCUACCUUUUACCACACACCAACAUUUCUUAGUAAAUCUGUUCAACCGAGAUCUCAUGUGCAGUUUGCAUCCUCCCCAGUGAAUAGCAGCCUUCCAGCUUUAUUAGAACAGCAAAAUACAGUACCAAUACCUAUGCAAUUAUGUACUUCAAACCAAUCCCCGGACAUGAACUCAGCAUUUCCAUCUGCCACCUCUCAUUCUGGGUCAGCAUUACAGUAUGAUCUACCAGGAACUCUCCCGACACCUAGCAGGGAAAUAGGACAACUAACUUCACAAGUUAGGGAAAACUGGGAAACCAUACAAGAAUGCAUGAGUAAACAUGAGAAGGCUAUGUUUGAACUUACCAAGGAGGUACAAUCCAGUGCAUCUACCAGUAAACAGGAGAUUACCGCUAUUGCUGUCAAAAUGGAGGGAGUUGAGCAGCUUGUAACAAACACGUUAUCUGCACAGAAACAACAGGUUGAGAAUGAAAUGGUGAAAACCCUUGAAGCCAUUAAAUUGAUGGUUACAGACGAAUUAAAGACAGUGGAAAGUACCUUAAUAUCACAAAUGCAGUUUCUUGUUCGGCAAUUACAAAUGGAAGUCCAACAGGACAUCCACACUCUUCAUAAGCAUAUCCAGGACACUCAUGAAGGAAUGCUGAAAGAAAGCAAUCAGGUGAUUAUACGCACUGAUCAACUUGUUGCAAACUUGUGUGAUUUACAGACUAAAAUGGAGACCAAAUAUGACGACCAGGAGAAAAUCAUCGCUGAACUGAAAGCAAAAAGCACUACUUCCAUCAAUAUAACCCCUAGUGCAAUCACUUCAGUACCCAAUCCUAUGCCAACCCCCAUACCUGCAACCGUGGUAAAAACGGACCAUAUCAGAAUAACCUUUCCCACUUUUGGCAGACCAAGUGAUGACCUAGAUCCCCUACUCUACAUUACCCGAUGCCACGAUUUCCUUGCAUUACACCCCCUUACAGAUGAAGACGUUCUAGCUACAUUUAGAACUGUUCUGUCUGGUACUGCUCGUGACUGGUGGGAAGUAGCCAGAAGCACAGUUCACAGUUGGAGCAACUUUCAAACUGCUUUCCUCACUGCAUUCCUCGCCGAAGAUUAUGAGGAUGAAUUGGCAGAACGUGUCCGGAAGCGGACACAGGGAGACAAAGAAACCAUUCGAGACUUUGCUUUCAGUUACCGUGCAUUGUGUAAAAGAUGGAAAUCUGACUUGGAUGAAAAAGACAUUGUUAAAAUGAUUCUCAAAAAUAUCAAGCCAUACCUUGCCAGUCACCUCCGUGGACAUGUUAAUACUGUGGAUGAAAUUGUACGUCUUGGACAUCAACUUGAAAAAGAUCAUGAACAGCAACAACAAGGUGAAACCAAAACUGCAAGUAAAAUCCAUUCUAUGUCACCCAAAGGAACAUCAACCACACCACCCAUUGUUCAAUGUUGGCAUUGCAAGGAAUUUCACAACCCAGGUAACUGCUCCCAUUAUGGAACCUCCACUCAGGCAAGUCAAUCUAUUCAAUCAAGUCAUCAGCCAUUCCAACCACAUGCAAACCGACGACCCCAUUACCCACAUAAGCCGUCCAGUAAUGCAGUAUCUUCCGUAUCGGGAAAAAAUUCAGCCACCAAGCAGAUUAAUAACAUUCAUUUCCCCAGAGCAAGUUCUUCAGGAAACCCAACAUGCAUACCACAACAACUGAUUGUACCCCUUAGUCUUGGCUCAUGGCAAGGGAAAGCCAUAGUCGACACUGGGGCAAGUUAUACCCUAAUUCACGAGUCUCUGUGGAAAAGUUUGACACCUGUACACCCAGAACUUCAACCUUGGACGCGUGGACCCCUAUACUUGGCAAACGGAAAUGCUGAAGUUCCACUUGGAUGGACCAACCUUGAGAUACAUCUCCACAAUCAAACUUUCACUAUACCGGCUGCUGUUCUUCCCACUCAUGCCCUAGCAUAUGCUAUAGUCUUAGGAUUGGAUUUCAUAUUUUUCAGUGGAUUACAACUCAAUGUCAUCGACCAGAAAUACUCAUUCAAAACUGCUCCCACAGAUGAAUAUCCAUUUCAACCAGGGGAUGCAAGCAGACCACCCUGUAUUGGAACAUCUCCUAAACCCUCUAAGCCAACUUUCUCACUAAUGACAUCUGUUCCCCCUCCUGUAUCUCUACCAAUACUACAAGCACCUGAUGAUCUGACGUUAAUUAGGAAUGCUGUGGACACAGCUCACUUAUCACCAGAUGGAAAACAGACAUUACAUUGCAUACUUUCCAAUAACCCACAAGUAUGUACACUCACUCCAGGACGGACCAACAUCUUACAACAUAAUAUUUACACAACAUGUCAGGUACCUAUAAAACAGAAACCCUAUCGCCUUUCACCUGUUAAACAGCUUGCCAUGGAAGAGCAACUGGAGGAAAUGCUGAGCCAAGGAAUCAUUGAACCUUCGCAUUCCAGUUGGGCCGCACCGGUUGUCUUGGUUCCGAAAAAAGAUGGCAAACUCAGAUUUUGUAUUGAUUACAGAAAACUUAAUUUGGUCACAGAAACUGAUGCUUACCCCAUACCCAACAUCACAGAGAUCUUACAGUCACUAUCAGGAGCUGCUAUUUUCACUACGAUUGAUUUAAACAGUGGAUACUGGCAAGUCACCAUGAGUCCAACCAGUAAGGACAAAACUGCAUUCAUUACACCUGCUGGUAUAUAUGAAUUUAACGUGAUGCCUUUUGGUCUUAAAAAUGCCCCCGCAACGUUCCAGAGACUCAUGGAAAGAGUCCUGGGGGAGCUGAAGGGAAGAAAUUGUUUCGUAUACAUUGAUGAUAUCAUAAUUUACUCACCUUCCAUCUCACAACAUUAUCAUGACAUCCAAGCUGUGUUUCACAAGUUACAAAUUGCUGGACUAACCAUUAACUUGAAGAAAAGUAAAUUCUGCCUACAAGAAAUCAGUUUCCUUGGACACAUUGUGAAUGUUAAAGGUAUCACGGUAGAUCCCAGCAAGAUCCAGGCCAUCCAAUCAUACCCUGUGCCAACAAACAUAAAGGAAGUACAGAGAUUCCUUGGACUGGCAGGAUGGUAUCACCGCUUUGUACCAAAUUUCUCAAGUAUCGCAGAACCACUCAAUGCACUGAAAAAGAAAGGACAUCAAUUCCACUGGACAAACACAUGUCAACAUGCUUUUGAAAAACUUAAAGCCUGCCUUACCUCUUCACCCAUUCUUGGGCAUCCUGAUUUUCAACUCCCCUUCAUCGUUUACACAGACGCUAGCGACACUGGACUAGGAGCCAUUCUUGCACAGCGAAAACAACUAGGAGAGGAAGUUGUGAUUGCUUACGCUAGUCGGACACUUACCGGAGCCGAAUUCAACUACACAGCUACAGAGAAGGAAUGUUUAGCCGUUGUCUGGGCUCUGGAAAGAUGGCAACACUACUUGGAGUUUACACAAUUUAUAGUUGUGACUGACCACUCUGCCUUGCAAUGGGUCAUGAACUCAACAAAAACCACCAGUAGACUACUAAGAUGGGUCUUAAGGUUACAAAAAUUCAACUACGUUAUCGAAUACCGAAAGGGAAAACUCAACGUAGCACCUGAUGCACUCUCCAGAAUGUCCCCAGUCACCAGUUGUAACUUGUAUACAAGUGAGAAAGACACAGACCUACCCUGCUCAAAUGUGAACAUUUGGGAGGAACAACAACGAGACCCUGAAGUAACCAAACUACUACAAGCAGUUGCAGAAAAUCAAGAUCUGGAGAAACAAUAUGAAGUAAUCAAUGAUAAACUCUACCUGAAAACAUGUCAAGCAAACAAUCAAAUACAUUACAAAGUCUACAUUCCUCAAAAUCUCAGACACCUGUUUAUGCAACAUUACCAUUCCAGCCCGCUCAGUGGUCAUGGCGGAAUCUUUAAAACAUACAAAAGAUUACAGGAUGUUGCCUUCUGGCCAGGUAUGUGGACGGAGGUGAAGCAUCAUGUUAAAUCUUGCAUCACCUGUCAAAAAUCAAAAAGCGAUAACCAGAAACCAGCUGGUAAGAUUCAACAAACCAUCACCACACGACCAAACCAGAUGUUAGGUGUUGACAUCAUGGGACCCCUACCAAAAAGCACUAAUCAAAACGAGUAUUUGCUUGUCUUCAUUGAUUAUUAUACUCGUUGGGUUGAGCUUUUUCCUAUGCGCAAGGCUACAGCUCUCAACAUCGCCAACAUCUUCAGAAAGGAAAUCUUAACUCGUUGGGGUGUACCAGAUUUUCUUAUCUCUGACCGAGGUGUACAAUUCAUUGCAUCUGUGUUCAAAGAAUUAUGUGAAAACUGGAGCGUCACACCAAGACUCACUACGGCAUACCAUCCUCAAACCAACCUCACAGAGAGAGUCAACCGCAAUCUGAAAAAUAUGAUGACAGCAUAUGUAGAUGAUAAUCAUAAGAAAUGGGACCACUACUUACCUGAAUUCCGCUUUGCAUUAAACUCAGCAACCCAGGAAACUACUGGACUAUCACCAGCAGAGCUCCAACUUGGCCGAAAGCUCCAAGGUCCAAUGGAUAAAAUCCUUCAGGACAACACUUUGACACCUGAUGAUGCUGUUUAUGAUGUCGUUCACCACCUCCACCAAUUACAACUGCGAGCAAAAGAAAGCAGUCAAAAAGCAAAGAAAAGGCAAUUAAGGAAUUACAACAAGAACAGGAGAGAAGUAACCUAUAAAGAAAAAGACAGAGUUUGGUUACGGAACUUUCCACAAUCCAGUGCACAAAGAAAUUUCAGUGCUAAACUAGCUCCCAAAUGGAAAGGCCCUUACCGUGUCUUACAGCAACUAGGUCCAUUGAACUACAAAAUAGUCCUUGAAGACACAGGAGAAGACAUCCGCACAGCCCAUGUCUGUAAUCUAAAAAUGUGUUACCCUACUGCAGAGGAGAUAGAGAUCCAAGAAAAAGAGAAACUACACAAACUUUUUCAAGACUCUUCUGAAGAAGACGAGGAAUUUUUGGGUUUCUAAGGAGGGUAUUUUCGUAUUUUUUGUGUUUUUGUUAAACCAACCUUGGGUUGCUUUAAUUUUUCAGGGGGGGAGAGUGUGGCAGUACAGCAAAUUUGCCACAAUUUAUUUAUUUUUUUCACACUGUAGCACUAAGGAAAAAAAAAUAAAUAUUUUUUCUAACCCGGGAACUACUCCAUGAACCGGAAGUAGAGGACAAUAGGGUAUAAAAGGGAGACGCACGCAUCCGGAAGUGCUGCGCCAUAGUCUCGUCUAUUGCCUGUGUGUCACCUGUGUGGUCUGCCUGCUGUGAGACGGAGUGUUUGGUCCUGUGUACAUGCCGAGUUGGGAGUUCUAAGAUCAUAGCGACACGAAGCUUAGUGUCAGAUGUGUUUGCAAAGGAUCUAAAACCUGCGGUAUUCGAGAAGGAGGAUCUAAGGGAAUGUUUCCGUUGGCUUGGUGGCCCUACGCAUGCAUAUCUACGGAUUCGG